GCCCUGAUUGGCCGCCGCUGGGAUCCCGGGGCUGAUAAAGCCGCCCGCCGCCCGGUGCAGCUCUGUUCUCCACCUUCAUCACCUCCUCUGCAUCAUCACCUCCUCUGCUCCAAGAUGACCGGGCGGGAGGAGCUCAGCGAGGAGAAGCCGCGGGUGAAGCUGCUGUCCCCGGGUUUCGGCAUCGACAAGAGCCGCCUGCACGGCCCCGGGCUCCGCUCCAAAGGCUUCGCCAUCACCGACCUGCUGGGCCUGGAGACGGACCUGCAGGCCCGGCAGCAGACCGGCGGGGCCCCAGGCGCCUCGGGGCCCGGGGCGGAGCAGCACGGGGCCGGACCCGGCCUCGGCGGGUUCUCCUUCCCGGGGGGGUCGCUGCCCCUUGGCCUCGGCUUCCUAUGCAGCCUGGCGGCGCAGCAGCCCGCCGGGGCGCCGUGCUUCCUGCCCGGACACCUGCCGCUGCUGCAGGCCCGGCCCGACAGCCACUACCUGCAGAACCUGGAGGCCCAGCGGGAGGCCUACUCCGAUGAAGAGUGUCUGUCGGACCGAAACGACUCCAAAACCUGCGGAAACUCUCAGAAGAGGAAGAAGAGGAGACACCGGACGGUGUUCACCUCCCACCAGCUGGAGGAGCUGGAGAAGGCCUUCCAGGAGGCUCAUUACCCUGACGUGUACGCCCGGGAGAUGCUGGCCAUGAAGACGGAGCUGCCCGAGGACAGGAUACAGGUGUGGUUUCAGAACCGGCGGGCCAAGUGGCGUAAGCGUGAGAAGUGCUGGGGUCGCAGCAGCGUCAUGGCGGAGUAUGGUUUGUACGGCGCCAUGGUGCGACACUCCAUCCCGCUGCCCGAGUCCAUCCUCAACUCCGCCAAGAACGGCAUGAUGGGAUCGUGCGCCCCCUGGCUGCUCGGUGAGCCGCAUGCACGGAUGCACAAGAAGUCUUUGGAAAUGUCCAAAAAGUGUUCCAGCCCUCCGGCGUCCGACUCGACGCGCUCCGAUUCGUUCUGCAACGCCUCGGAACGACAAGGUUCUGGCGAGGCCCGGGAGCCAGAGGAGGACGAGCUGAUGGAGGAGGAAGAGGACGAGGUGGAGGAGGAGGUGGCUAUUGACCUGUCCAGCUCAUCUAAACAGCAGCAGCAGGAGGAGGGCGGAGCCUCAAUAAGAACCGCCUCUUCACCACGACAACAAAGCUGCAGCGAAUCAGACGAACAUAGCUGAAGGCGAUCUGACCAAAGAGGAAGAAGGUGUUCUGUUCAGGCAGCGCUGUCAUGGGAUUGGCUCUUUCAGGGAGCGCAGCCAAUUAAAACAAACAGCCAAAACUUCACUUGUUACUAUGCAAAGUUAUUGUGUUUAAACGCUAGCUGCUGGUUUGCUAACAAAGCUAAGAGCUAAUACAGCAGGAUCUAUCAUGUAAGCAUUUUGUAGCUGACUUUAUUUUCUCAGUGUUGGCGACAAAAAACCAGUUCUGAUUUUAGAUGAAAAACAAUGAUUUUAAAAGUUUCAGGUGUCAAUAAGUGUUAACAGUGAAACAAAUAAUGGGAAAAUAUGAUUAGUCACGAUAACAUAUUUUGAUAGAAAAUACUAUUAUUAAAAGCUAUUUUUAGCUAACAUGCUAAUAUAUGUAAACCCAGUGUAAUACUGUAAGGAUCAGCUAGCAAACUUUAGCACUUCAAAAAAACUUUAAUCAGUACUAUUAAAUGUUUUUAUUAAUAUUUGAACAUUGAACUAGUGGCACGCUACGGUGGUAUUUCCUGCACUAUGCAACAAAGUGCAUGCUUUAAUUGUUAGUGUGCUAAAAUAGCCUGAUACUAACAGAGCACUAGCAUUAAGCAUGCUAAUCUGUACUAGCAUACUGAUGUAUGCUAACUUACGUUCUGAAACAACAAAAUAGUGAUUGGCUGUGCUCGCCGUGCUCCUGGGAAACUAAUGUUCAUCGUGAAGAUGAACACCAACGCCGUGACGUUCAGAUCAGCCUCGAGGGGUCUUUUCUAAAAGACCGUGAAAGACGUGUGUGUGUGUGUGUGUGUGUGUGUGUGUGUGUGUGUGUGUGUGUGUUCAUGUUUUAUAUCCAUGGUUUUUGGGAGUCUGAGAAUAUCUAAUAUUUUCUUCCUGUUGGUUUUUGUGUUUUAUAGUUGGACCUGCUUGACUGAAACUCUGUGAAUGUAAUUUAAAUGUAAGAUUUCAAACAUUUUAUCAUUAUUAU